GCAUCGCGAGCCCCCCUGACACCGCGCAACUGCCCGCGCACUCACGGAUAUCGUAUUUAAAAUCAUUCAGUCGCUGUGCUUCAGCAGAAGUGGCAUUACAUCGCACGCGUAAGCGAUACGUGUAAAGAGAUGGUAAAAUAUGAGUUGGGAAAUGUCUCGUCGAAUUAUGUGUGUGCCGUGAUCCAUACUGAGUUCUUAUGAUGAGGAGGGCACGCGCUCGCACAACGUGUGUGGUAUGUUACAACAAAUACAGGAGCUGUUCAGCAUGAAGGAACUAGCUGUCAGAUGAUGAAUAUCAGCUCAUAUAAAUCGGCAAGGAGAGCACACAGCUGUACGACGGAGUGACGCAGCAGAAACAUCCAGCCUUCCGUCCAUUAGGAGAGCCGCCGCCGCUGCUGCCGUCCGCGAUGAAGGCGUUCAAGCAGAUACUUGUGAGUGUUGACGACAGUCGGCCCGCUCGCGUGACGACGCGUACGAUGGAGGAUGCCGACCACCCCAUGUGGCAGCGGAGCACGGCUGAUCCCGAGCAACAUAGGGGGAAAGCACGACUAUGUUCCGCUGAUGAUCCGCCCUUGUACCCCUUUGAAAGCAACGUCAAAACUGCGUCAGCUUGCGAGGAACCAGACCUGAUAUCGAUCCGGAACGGCAGAUAUGGAUACGGAGGUGUUGCACACUCCAGGUUUCCGCCGUCCGACAGUUGUCCGGCGCUGUCUUACACUCACCCAGCGCAGCCGGUGACGCAAAUCAGUCACAGCAGUUCGUCGAACCGGAUUAACGACAGUGCGCGGCAAGCGUCGCCACCCACCGCUAAGGAAGUUAGGCGUGAUGGCCACGAACACAUUACGUCAUCUGCUGCGACAAAAAACAGGUGGCCGAGGCAAUGGAAGCACGUGGCUUUUGCGAGCAUAACGGAUGAAUCGACGGAGAACACCAGUUGCUCGUCAUUAGAGAAAAUGCAUGGGGAUGCUGGAGAUCGGAGUAGCAUCGUUGCAGAGGAGACCACGCACCUUCUGAGUUCAGGUAAAAUGGAGAAUCCCGUAUUUACCGAAGAAUCGGUGUCGUCGACGGCCACCCCGCCGACGACAUCGGCGAUGGUUACACUGCACAACGACGGCGCCCGUGCGACAGCCGACCGUACGACGCCUGAUUCGGGCGUGCAGGGUUUGCUGCACGUCGACACGGAGAAGGACACGAUACGUGCCGGCUCUGCGAGCAGCCUGCUCGAGCUGCCCGACGGUCUGACUCAUGAGGAGCGCCAGCUCGAAAUACUGCGUGACGUCAUCCGAAAGUGUACGAAUCCGGAUCCUUGCGAGCGACCGACGGCUGCCGAGGUUUUGAACAUGCUGAAUUUCGUAUGAAGACCAACGUCAAGACAAAUUUGAGUAGACAUACAUCCAUGCUAUGUUAAUCGUCAUUGCAUUUGCUUCAUAUUAGUUCGUGCAGACAGCUUCGUUCGGACUUCAGGGAAAUCACGUGAUGUGCGUGAAACACAAGACCUUGAUUCUGUCGCAUCAUUUGUAAUAUUUACUCCCCUGCUGCUAUACUGAGCGAUUCAUACAUAAUACAACGUGCCUAGUCAUACCUAUUGUAUUCUAGUCUUGCUCUGGCCACUCGCACAGGAUAAUUAAUCAUUUAUUAGGUACAUCUAUUACGUUUCAAACGUUACAUGGUAAUUAACGGAAGAUUUCUCAACUUAAUUCCUAGACGGUAUGUUUAGUUCAUACGAUUCGUCCGAUAAAGGCAUGUCGUAGCUCACGUACGAUUCAUGCUGUAAUGUGAGAGCAACGAUAUCAUUCUGCGGUUGAGCCAAACUGCUGUGACAAUUAAAUGAAAGGCAAAGCUAUCAGGUAACUGCGCCAGUGUCGUUCGUGCUUCCUCUGCAUGAAGAAUAAUAGAUGAUUGUCAAUAGUAAACUACAGUUUUGUACAGAUCGAUGGUUGUAGCAACCAGCAAUCUCAGCGUCUUUCAGUAAAUGUGUAACCUUACUUCUAUAGUUGGCCCAUUGUACACGUACGUAUAAUAUAGAUUCUGCGUGCAUGUGCAUGCGCGCUCGUAUAUCGGUAUAUCGUAGAGUAAGAGAGAG